AUGGAUACCCACACCAACACCCUCAAUUAUGCCCCAUUAUGCCCCAUUAUGCCCGAUUAUGCCCCAUUAUGCCCGAUUAUGCCCCAUUAUGCCCUAUUAUGCCCCAUUAUGUCCAUUAUGCCCCAUUAUGCCCCAUUAUGCCCAUUAUGCCCCAUUAUGCCCUAUACGAGAAUUAUAGCUGCUCACAGUGUUCAGUUUGUCCGAUCAACAAAUUCAAUUUCCGGGAAAUCAGUUGGUACCCAAAACAUAUAG